AUGACCCUGCGGCGGAUAGCAGACGAGGUGGCCAACAUUCCCAUCGCAGAACUGCGUACUGUAAACGAGGAGCCGCUGGCAAGCAUGCCAGCUGACGCUAUUCUCGAACCCGGCACGAAGGUUAGGCUGCCUGUCGUUUUGGACUAUCCGGGCAGUCCCUACGGUAUGGUGCUACACCUCGGUAGUGCCGAGGCGCAGCUGCAGGACUGUGAGGUGCUCCUCGACUCUCUCGUAAGCUCUUGGGAAGGCGAAUACGGCUCUCACAGCUUGGAGUGCCUUCCUCCACGUAAGGUGUGCUCGCAGACGGAGGCGGUAUUGGCCAAGGUGCACGAGGAGGCUAUUCGGCAACUGCCCAAGGUUGAGGCGGGCCUUCAGCGGUUGGGGAACAGAGAGGCAAAGCUCCCGCUUCUGGUGGAAGUCGAGGCGAUCAAAGCAGCGGAAAGUUCGAUCGAGGAGUCAUUCCAGCAAUCCGUCGCGGGGCUCGAGAGUUUCAAGAAGGAAAGUAAAGCCUGUGGAAAAGUUGGACCGGCGCCACUGAGCUCUAAUGACCUCACCCCGGCCUCCCUGCACACGAAGCGCGAUGAGGGCGAGGACUACUGCGUCAUGCACACGCACCGGUGGGAGUUCGCGGUGCACGGAGUGCGCUCGAAGGAGCCCCGUGAGGUUUGGGCGGUGCUCUCCUGCCAACCGCUCGUGGCGCUGCUAGACGCGAUCGACUGCCCGACAACACGUGACCCGCUUACCACCUCACGAAAUGCCUUCCUCUUUAUCCGUGGAGUCUUCUAUAUCGACGACCGCCAUCGAUCGCACGGAGACUUUGCCGACCUCAGCGAGGUAAUCCGGAGGAACGACCCUUUGCAGGACGCGUCGAGCUUUCACGCUCUGGAACACCAGGGCUUUGCCCGGUGUCCAGUAAGGAGCGCUGCAGAGACCGCCUUCAAAGACCUCAACGUCAAGAUGGGCGAGUCCUGCCUGCUGCGACACUGCGGGGGCUGCGACCACUACUUCUUCUUGUCGCAUGUCCGAAGUCUAACCGGCUACCCACGCACGGAACGACACGAGUUCCCGCACCGUGUGGCCAAGGCACGAGACCAAGCAAGACGGUGUCUGCUCUGUCGACUGUUUCCCGCCACAGUCGUGCUCUACGAGGAUCCACUCUCACCUGAGAGCCCGGCCUUUUAUUGUGCGGUGUGCUUUGAUCUCCUACACAGUGGUGACACACCAGAGGAGGCCGCUCAGUACCAGAGACGCGAGGCAAAGGACUUUGGCGAGGUUUACUUCAAGGUGUCGUAG